AGUUAUAAAAAUAUUACUUAUAUUAUUAAAAGUACUAUUUUGGGCCUUAUUGAACACUUGGUAUUAAGGACCGCAAAAAUAUACAUUUCGACAGUAAUAACAGUUUUUAAUUAUUUUUAACUUUAGAGUUAUACAUUACCGACAUUUCUACAAAUAUGUCAACAUAGAAAAAUUACCUCUGUUUCACCAAACAUAUGUCCGCGACAUGUCACAACUUUACUAUGAACUUGUCACCUGUCACUUGACAUAUGUCGAAUUGUCGGCCGACAUAUGUCGCCGACACUUGUCAGUUUGGUGAAAUAGGGUCCAGGUCGUUAUAUUUGCUACUUCUAUAUGUGCGUGAUGUGUUGAAUAAAUCAUACUAGUGCAACUUAUAUUUCUGAAUGCUGGGCCUUGUUACCCGCCGCGCCGGGCCUUAUAUGUCUCACCUAACUUACAAUGUAUUUGCGGUCCGUCAUCAAUUCAGCAGGUUCGAUCGUAAAUACGAGUAUACCUAUACCUACGUAGGUAUAGAUUUUUUUCGAUGCAGCUUUUGGUAAUUGUUCAUAAUGAUGCGGACUUGCGGACGCAUGGAUAUUUGGAAGGUCUAAAACUCACCGAACCACUAAAUAUACGGAUAAUGAUGCGGACUUGCGGACGCAUGGAUAUUUGGAAGGUCUACAACUCACCGAACCACUAAAUAUACGGAGUCCACUAGCUUCUGCUCGCGACUUCAUCUGCGUGGAAUGAUGAUGAUUGAUAAAAAAUAUUCCAUGUACCAUACUCCAUACUCGGGCCUGAAACUAUCUCCAUGCCACAUUACAUCUAAAUGACGGUUCACAGGUUUAGCAUGAAGAGGUAACAGACGGACGGAGUUACUUUCGCGUUUAUAAUAUUGGUAGGGAUUGCAAAAUGAUUGCUCAUUGGUUACCGAUUCGAUAGCGCGUUUACGACUCGUAGCGUGAUAGCCAACUAACUUUUGGCAACAGCGCAAAUUGUUUUGUUUCAUUUGUAAUUCCCAGACCCUCUUUGGCCUUGCCUGACUCGUCAACGCGGCAAUCCGGUGACAGUACUAAUGUUACACCGGUGCCUUAUUGCAUGGUCAGGAAUUGGCCUUUAGCAACGAACUAUGUUGAAGUUGUGAAUAAAUUUUAAAAAGUCGUAAUUUUGGUUUGAAUGUUCUGGUCAAUGCUGAUUCUUGUGGCCGCUGCUGACGCCUGCUGCGAGAACGCUUCUCUACCUCGCCCGGACCCCCAGGAGCUGCAAGUCCGGUAUGUACCGCACGGGAUCCAACUACCAACAGCGCCAUACCCAGCAAGAAGGAACCCGGCAUUCCAAGCUCGUAGAGCACACUUUCAACUUCCACCACCCGAAAACUCUCAAAAGGAAAAAGAAAAUAAAGAUUUAUUCGGACAGGACCCUCCUCUAGGUCCCUAUCCACCGCUAGCGGACCUAAAAGGCCACAAUUUGUCACCUCCUCAAAUACCAAGAUACCAAGGUCAAGAAUUUCCCAGAGAAGAAAGUUUGGAAUAUCUAACACCACGUGGACAAGGCAUUCUAGAUGGUUUAGCUUACAGAUCUCACGCGUUAGAACCAAAUAUACCAGGGAUGCAGAACUCGGGUUUCUAUCCAGGGCUUCAACAAAACGGGGGAUAUAGACCAUUGAACCCAUGGUAUGGACUACCAGUGCCAACACAGCCCAGCUAUCUACUAGGCUUUCAGCAAGGGCUCAGACCAUUGAACGCCAGGUAUGGACAGCCAGUGCCAACCGCUAUGGGCCCGUACCCACAACGAAGGCUAAAGCCUAUGCAAUUCUCCACAACGACGAGGGUUCAAACGCAGCCUGCACCGCUGCGAGAUAUCGAAUCCUCUACAAAGAGCAACAAGCUAUUCGACAGCUGGCUAGGCGCUCAUGGACGAGACCGCAACCAACCGCCGUCUCUAGAGCAGUUCGGGCCGCUGGUACCGCCGCAAUUACGCAGCGGGAGGAGCCCCAGUCAGCGCCAGGUGACAACUGACUUCUCCGAGGAGAGAGUUCCGCAAAUUUCCGAAGCGAAGGGCUACGUGAAGCCGAUCACACGAAGGACGUUCGUGAUGCAUGGCCUGUUAUGGCAUUUAACCGAAACGACGACGCUAUCGCCGCCUCCGUUGUUGAGAGACGAAGACGGAUUUAUGGAGGAGUUUGAACCCGAGUCGGACGACAGGUCGAUUUUCAGUGAGGAACACAAACACCUGCCGAAGCUCCCUCCAGACGUACCGAACACAUUCGACAAUAUAUGACUACUUUAACAUUA